CUAGCUCCUCUGCAGCGGGAGCUGUACAACUAUUACCUAAACCACACUGCUAAGAGCAUUGCAGUUGAUGACGCAGAACUACAUGCAUUGAGAACAGAAAUAGGAAGCCUUGCUUCGGAUAGCAACAUCAUACUCAAUUCGGUUCUCGCCCUGGCAGCAGUCGACAAAUGUCACUGCUUAAUCUGGGAUUCUGCUCCGCAACCCGAGUAUCACGCCCAAAUUACUGGUCUGCUGCUUUCGGCGGAACAAUAUCAUUGGCAGGCGGUCAGGCAAACACGAAGCGAUGCUGUGCACAUGGGUUGUUACGAUCAUGUGAUGGCCAACGCAGCAUUGAUGGUGCUUUAUGGCUGUGCUAGUCACGGCGUUCGUAUCCGUCUAGCGAGCAAAGAAUAUGCUAAAAUGCACCUGGCAAGUGAGCUUGCGCCGGUCCGACUGCAGUGGAUGUCGUUGAUCUGGGCUGUUCAUAUUGCGUAUUCCGGAUUGACGAACACGAAACCGAAUUACUUCAGCGUGAAGGGGCACCAGUGGGCCUCGUUGGCCCAGCCUCACCAAGACAUCGUUUGGCAAAGCUUCGAGGAAGAGCAGCAGCUUUCUAGCAAUGAGGAGUCAACAGACAGAACUCGACGAUUGUUCUCCCCCAUAGUUGCUGCGACAUGGGCCAGUGCGGUUGGCAAGUUGCACGAGCUAGUGAGCAAUGACCUUUACCUGCAGUUUGGGGAUGAUUAUCUUUCCGAUGUCUUUGUAUGUAUGAGAUCGCUAAACCUUUUACACAACAUCUUUUCUGAGGUUUUCUCGACGGAUCUCCCCACAAAGCCAUCCACUUCCUCACAUGAGACAGAACUUCAGCCCUGGCUCCGUGGCUAUUUGGCCCGUGUCACUUCCAGGACGCCACACAAACCUCUUCGCAGGAUUGUCAUGGCGUUUGUCCACAAAAUGCCCCCGAGAUACUUCAAUCUCCUGCAGACGACGUUAGAAGCACUACCAGAAAAUUUCGAUGAUGAUAAGAAUCCGGACCAAAAGCACUCCGUUCUGGCCAAGUCCAGUUUGCACAAGCUCGUCAUUGACAUAUUCGCUCAUUGGCUUGUCCUCGUCAUGCUGUUGGACGGUGUAUGGUGGAUCAGCGAUAUCGGCACAUGGGAACUUAACCGGGUGAUCUUAACGAUGAGGUCGUUUAGUGUUGUCGAUAGUAGAGAGCUUGCUGAUAACUGGUGGCCGCAUAAUAUGUAUAUUAUCAACGAAAAAUUGAGC